UCGAGAGACACUAGGCGACAAGAUGGAAUUGUACUUCCACGACCAUUCCUUUGUCCCGCUCUUCAUUCAAGAAAAUUAUUUGAAGACUCAACCUGUCAAGGCACGGAACCUCGAAGGACCACCGAAGAUGUUGAAGCAGCUCGAGCUGAUGAGUAUCAAGCCGCGUCUUCUAUAUCUGACGCUGAUCUUGUCGAUGCUCUGAUUCACGGGUAUAACAGCACGGAUCAUCCCAUACCAUUCCAUAAAACAACGGACCUCGGGAAAGUCCCCAAGAAACUCGCAGGAGGUCCAGCGCCUGAUCUAGAAGACACCUUUGAUGUGAGCAUCUUGAGCAUGAUCGUCACCGUGCGUUGAUGUCUCUAUCAGUCGGACGAUGAAGUCGUCGAUGCUUCUGAUGACGAGAAGAAGAAGAAGAAGAUAAAGGGUGAGGACGAGGUCGCUGCUGACAAGCUGUUUUAGGCUAGUAAGCCCAAGACUCAGAGUCAGAAGGGUAAGACGACUACGGUCACAGGGAAUGUCAAAGGAAAGAAGGCCCAGAAUUUUAUGUGAUCUAUCUAAUUUUUACCGUGAAUAUUAUUC